AUGUCACCCAUCCCGCUAUCGUUUAUACUCGUGCUGUACGUCCUAGGCACCGCUGCGCAAAAUCCGAAGUCGCGAGCAGAAAUCGCCUUGGGCGUGCUGCAGACAUGGUACAACGGCACAAGUGGCAUCUGGGAUACCUGUGGGUGGUGGAAUGGAGCCAAUUGUAUGACGGUGCUGACGGAUCUGGCGAUGCUCGAUGAAUCGGUGGACCAGGCUACCCGUGGGGUCCUCGAGAAUACAUUCGCGGUCGCGCCCCGGUCCAACCCCAUCCCAGACCGGGGGAGAAGCACAUAUUAUGCAAAUUCGAACGACGCUCCCUCGAUCGCUGUCAAGGCAACGCCAUGGCUGGAUGGUUCGUACGAUGACGAUGCAUGGUGGGCCCUGGCCUGGAUUGCGGCAUACGAUCUCACGGAUAACGGUAACUAUCUCGAUCUGGCGGUUGGGAUUUUCGACAAUCUGAACCAAACCGGACCCUCCAAAUGUGGCCAGGGGGGCAUCUACUGGGACUACAACCAUGCUUAUGUCAACGCAAUUUCGAACGAGCUUUUCCUGUCCGUUGCGGCUCAUCUCGCCAACCGGGUUUCCGGCGGCGACCAAUACCGAGACCUCGCUCAGCGUCAGUGGCAGUGGUUUCGGGACAGUGGCAUGAUCAAUGACAAUAGCACCAUCAAUGACGGCCUGACAGAUGCCUGUGCUAACAAUGGGGGAACAAUAUGGUCCUAUAAUCAAGGUGUAGUGCUUGGGGCUCUCGUGGAGCUACAUCAAGCAACUUCCGACUCAUCGUACCUGGAUUCCGCCGCAGAGAUCGCCAAAGCUGCAAUUGACGUGUUAGCAGAUGAAAACAACGUCAUCCGUGAAUCCUGUGAGCCCGACAGCUGUGAUGCUAAUGCCACACAGUUCAAGGGGAUCUUUGUGCGGAACCUGGGACAGUUGCACUCGGUAGCGCCGGACGAUAAAUACGAGAAGGUCAUCACUGCGUCUGCAAAUAGCAUCUGGGCGAAUGAUCGCAAUGAUGCAAACCAGCUGGGCGUGAACUGGGCUGGUCCUAUCGGAAAAGUCGACGCGUCGACUCAUAGUUCUGCUAUGGAUGCAUUGGUCGCCGCUAUAGAAUGA